AUAAAAGUGACCGGCGUGUUUUGUUUUCGUUUUGUUGCAGCCGUCCUGAUGCAUUUCCUGUUUCUGGCCGCCUUCUUCUGGCUCAACACGAUGUGCUUCAACAUUUGGUGGACGUUCCGGGACCUGCGGCCGGCCAGCGUGGACAAGAACCAGGAGACGGUGCGCAUGAGGCUGUACGAGGCGUACGCGUGGGGAGGGCCCCUCAUCAUCGCCGGCGUGGCUGCCGCCCUGGACCGCCUCCCCAAGACCGACGAGUACGAGCACCUGCUGCGGCCGGGCUUCGGCGAGGACAAGUGCUGGUUCUACGGUGACAUGGAGAUCCUCGCGUACUUCUUUGGCCCGGUCGGCGUGCUGCUGCUCAUCAACUUGUGCCUGUUCAUCGCCACGGCCCGCGAGCUCACCUGCGGGCUGUGGAAGGCCGACGGCAACAAGCCCACCACGGAGAGGGCGACGCUGCGCCGGGUGUGCCUCAAGCUGGUGGUGGUCAUGGGCGUGACGUGGGUGGCCGACGUGGUGUCGUGGGUGGCGGGCGGGCCGCAGUCGCUGUGGCUGCCCGCCGACCUGGUGAACCUGCUGCAGGGCGUGCUCAUCUUCGCCGUGGUGGGCUGCCAGCCGCACGUGUGGUCGGCCGUGAAGCGGCUGUGGUGCCUGCGCGAGUCGCGCUCCGAGGCGUCGCGCCGCGCCAUGCACCUGUCGUCCACCAGCCAGGGCGCCAACUCGAUGGGGCCCGAGUCGUUCACGACGACGACGACGAGCAACGGCAACAACACGCCGGCCAAGCUGCAGCUCAACGGCAACGGGACUGCGCCGGGCGCGGCGCCCGGCAACGGCGACGCGCCGCCGCCGCCCAACACGGAGACGCCGUGCUGACGCGAGGAGGGGCGGGGGCUGCUCGACGUCGACGCCGAGGUGCACCGCGACGACCAGGACGCGGAGCCGUCCGCGGACCAACCCCUGGUCGCCAGGAGGAACCUCGCCCGGUUGACGACGACCUUUGCGCCGUGACCUCCGCGCUGAGGCGACAGACAGUUUUUGUGACCAAGUGAGCCGUCCCCACCCCUAUCCCUCUCUCCCGCCAUCUCAUGCAUGUAGCGCAUCGCGCUGUGAGCAGCCAGUCGACUGUUUAGUGCCAGCAGGACGAUUUUCAUUGCCACUCUCAUUUUAUCGAUGGUGCAACUCCAUAUACGGCUGCUACUGCAGCAGCUCAAGUGUAUGGUAUGGCUUGGCUGGCAAGGAGCUCUUUUUAAUUUUGUUUUUUGUGUUCAUUGUAAUGCUAUUAUUAAUACUCAUUCGUGGGUAGUUAUCUGGACUGAGACAAAGGAGCAGCCAUGGAAAUGGAGUUGAGUAACUUUAUUGUGCUUAAAGUUUUACUGUGCGACAGGUCCUCAGGGACACUGUGGCUUGUGGUUGUACCAUCUAGUGGAGGCCUGUCUCCAUCAGAUAUAUAACAGAAUUCUGAAUGAUAGUCAGUUGGCUGCUCCUAUAAGACACACCAAAGAGUUAAAGCAUUGUUGAAUGUUUCGCUCAGUAACAUUUUGUUUCGUAGAUCUGAGACUAAAGCUUUUAAUUGUUUGUAUUUCUCAAAGUGUGGCAUGAAGACAAAUUAUUUAUGGUACAAGCAUGCAGAGGUUCCUUUUGUUUUUAUUGUGUAUCAAAUGCUUCAAAAUGAUUUUUUAUUUAAAUGACAUUAUUAGUUUUUUUGAAUAAAUUUGACAGAAGCAGAUUAGAUUGUCGAAAGGUGCGCUGGGCACUUAAUGAUUUUGGGUGAUCUUCAAUCAGUCCCUUUUGUACCUGCAGCAUUAUAUUUGUGUGUACGGGUAAAGCCAGUGAAAACCUCUAAAGGUACUCAUUGAAGAGCUGAAAUCUUAACUCAAUGCUUUCCAUAACAACAACGCUUUAUUCUAAUUUAACUUAUAUUGUGCCAACCCGGUUAAGUCAUUGUAUAGUAAAUUAUGUGAGAAAGUGUUGUACAGAUCAAUUUGUUUUAGACUAUAAGACUGACCUCCCAAAUUGGUGUGUUAUACAAGUCAUCCUGUUUUUCGUUUGUGACUAUUUAAUUGUUCCUUUAAGUUAAAUUGUUACCAUAUUGUUUGUCAAUCGACAUUAAUUUGCAUUUGCUGUUUUGUUAAUGCUUGUACAAACUAUUUUCUUUGUAUGCUUUUGUAAAUAAAUGUAUGUGAUGUUAUUUUUAUGUAAUCAAGGGUUUAUUCAUAAAAAAAAGCACUGCUUAUUAUAAUUUGACCUAUUCUUUUAUGUUGUUUGUUUAAAAUAUUGACAGUAGAAAUAUUAUUUAAAAUGACACACACCACCAUUUCUUUUUUUAACUGUGUUUUUUGUUUUGUUUUUUAUUUAAAUUAUGAAGGAACGCCUAGAUAAGUUAAGGAACUUCUCCACUCCUUAUUUUGUUUUUCUUACUUUUUGUGCCAUUUAUAAAUGAACCCUUGGAAAACAUGCAGUAUUCUUAUGUACAUAGACAUGAGCCUCUCUGUGAAGAGGCAGUGAAGUUUUUGAGAGAAUAAAAACACCUGAGUCUUAAACCAAAAA